AUGACGGAUGUGAUCAAGGUCGAGUACACCGGCCGCAUCGCUACCAUCACCAUCGACAACGACAAGAAGCUCAACGCCCUAGGCUUUGACGGCUACUACAACAUAGCCAAAGCUCUCCUGGACAUAGCCCAACGUGAUGACAUCUACAUCACCGUCUUAACUGGCAAGGGCCGGUAUUUCUCAGCCGGCGCCGACGUCUCGCUAGGCGACAAGAAGUCCGGCGCGGCGGACCAGGACACGUACAGGAGAUGGCUGCGGGACUUCGUGUCGAACAACCUGAACCUGACGCGGGCGCUGUACACGCACCCGAAGAUCCUGAUCGCCGCGCUCAACGGGCCGGCCGUCGGGCUCUCCGCCGCCAUCACCGCCUUCGCCGACUUCGUGUAUUGCGCGCCUCACACCUUCCUGCUGAUGCCCUUCUCCUCGCUCGGCCUCGUCGCCGAGGGAGGCGCUUCUUACGCUAUGGUGCAGCGGCUGGGUAUUAGUAAAGCCAACGAGGCGCUUAUCCAGAGCAAGCGCAUUUCAUGCGAGGACCUUGUGAAGACGGGGUUUGUGAAUAAGGUGUUUGAGUGCGAGAAGGGGGAUAGCGAUGGCUUUCUAAAGCAGGUUAUGAAGGAGAUUGACGAUAGCAUGGGCGAUCAUUUGAACAGCGAUAGCUUGCUUGGCAUCAAGGCGCUGAUUCAGAAGCCGAAUAUCGCGGUUUUGGAGAGGCAGAAUGUGGCUGAGGUGUUCGCGGGCCUGGAUAGAUUUGUCAAGGGCAUUCCGUUGCAGGAGUUUGAGAAGAUCGCGACGGGUAAGAAGAGGCAUAAGUUAUGA